AUGACGGACAUAAAGGACCUUGACCGGUUAACUCGUGGUAAGGCCCGCGCGGAAGUACUGCGUACAACGGUAGUAGCCAGCAUCAGGUCGGUUCACGAACUUGCGUUACGUGUCUCGAGUGAACCGAAUGUAGUUCCUCAAUUUUUAGUUGCCGUGACCGACCUCGAUAUGCUGUGGACUCCAUUUAAACUUGAGGACGAGGCGGUUUUAGGCUUUCUAGUUAGCCUAGACAAGAUUAGCGAGUACGCGUCAGGUCUGCCGGCCGAAGUCCGUGCACUUAUCACCGAAUCAAAAGCGAUUGCUGAUAGUCUCAUUCCAAAAGGCGCGGAUGCCGUCGAUAUGUCAUACAUCAAUUCAAAUUUUAUAUCUCGAAAUGUUCCGACCCCAUUAGCACCGCCGACCGUUAUUAAUAAUUCUAAUUCGCGUCUGCCGGAGAUACCGCUGCCCAAGUUUGAUGGGGAUUUCAAGUAUUGGCCUACCUUUCGAGAUAGAUUUAAAGCGUUGGUUGAUAGUAGGUCCAAUUUAACGCCUAUCGAUAAGAUGUAUUAUCUAAUCGGCUGUCUACGCGGGUCAGCUGCGGAAGCCGUGCGGAGCAUACCGGUUGCGUCUGAUAGUUACGAUUUAGCAUGGACAACUUUAUCGAAUAGGUUCAAUCGCCCGCGUAUGGUCGCGACAUCUUUAGUCGACAAAUUGUUGAACGUCCCGUCGUCCACUCAAGAGUCACUCCCGGAGUUAACAAGUUUCUUGUGUGAGUUCAGCGAGUCCGUGUCAUUAUUGAAUGCGCUGAACAUUCCGGACCUCAGUUCAUUUUUAUUAUUCGCGCUAGCAUUCCGCCGGCUCCCUAUCUCCACCCGUAAGCUCUUCGAAUCAACCGUGAAAUCCGACUACCCGUCAAUGAGUGAGUUACUAACCUUUGUUGAGUCGCGGGUGUCUAUAUUAGAGCUCGUCGGCGAUCCGUCGAGUAAAACCAACAAGGGUACCACGGCAUCAAAACCAUUUUACGGCGACCAGUUGCGUAAGGGGGGAGAUCGGCAUAAAGGGCAACAGUCGUCUCAUGUUACAUCAUUCGUUACCGCCGAGUCGAAUAAGUCUUGUCCGUGUUGCUCAGAGCCUCACUUAUUAGAGUCGUGCCCCCGAUUUAAGUCCUGGACAGCCGAUGACCGUACACGUUGGACCCGGGAGAAAAAAUUAUGUUUUAUGUGUUUUAGUGCUAGUCACUGGUCUAACCAAUGCAAGUCUAAGACCCGAUGUCACUUAUGUAAUCGCAGGCACCACCACCUGGUUCACAUUCAACCGACCGAACAACGCAAUAGGAACGAAGCUCCGCGGUCCGAUACGUAG